AAAAUUACCGCCGGUUCCUGAAUGCAUUACAAGACUUAAUGAUAUUGAAGAAAGAAUAGUUUCUCCUUAUGUUGCUUUCCAAAAGGUUGUUCUCAUGUCAAAACGUGCUUGUAAUCCACAGCUUGGAAUGAAAGGGAGUGCAAUUCAUGUGCCUAGUAGUGUGCCCCUAAUGGUUUCGUCUUUGCCAAGACAACUAAAUAAUCUUGAUGUUAUACCUAUACCGGUGGAAUUCAAACGACAUAUGGGUCACUCUUCCACAUAUAUUAGUGGAUUGGUCCGUGCGUCAUAUGUAUCAGAAGCUCUUGAUUAUUUGAAAAAUACUGAUUUAUACAAAAAACAUGACAUACAAGUUUCUUCUCAUGAAAUGAGAAUUUUCACGGAAGAAAUCAAUCGGAACAAUGUCAUAAAUUUAGAUGACAGUGAAAAUCAAGUUGCUACAAGCGACGAAGGUAAUAUUAGGGAUAAUCAACCCUGUUCUGGAUUAGAACAAGAAGUGAAUCUGAAUUUACAAUUUGACGGUUUAGAGGUCGAUGAUGAAUUUUAUGAACAUUUGGUAGAUGAUGAUGAUGAAUGUUUACUUUUCGACUUCAAUCAACAAACGGCACAACAUGCCACUAUUGUUAUGGCUCCAGGACAAAAUCACUGGCCUGUUUCAGUUCACAUUCAACCAGAUGUUGAGUGUUUUUGUUUUCCAAAAAUUUUUGCUGGAAAAAAAAGGCAAAUACUUAACAAAAAUAUUACGAGAUCUGAUUUAAUUAAAUGGGAAGUACGCUGCCACACAGUAAAAAUUUCGGCAUUCAGAAUUUUAUAUUUGGCCAAAAUCAAAUUGGAAUCAGAAGUUCUUAGUUCAACUACACUUACACUAAAAAAGAAAUCUAAUGCUAAAGGUGUUACAGUUGAGGAAGCAUUGAAUCCCCAGUUUAUUACAGAGCUUAGGCAGCAUAAUGAUGGGUUGAAUUUUUUAAAGCACAUCAGAUGUUCUCCAAGUUUUUGGAGCUCGAAGAAAAAGAAUCUCUUUGCGAUGUUGCGGCAGUGCGGAAAACCUAUGUUUUUCUUAACCGUGUCUGCAGUUGAAAAUAAAUGGCCUGAAUUGAUACAAGGUUUGGUAUUGAAGACUACAGGGAAACAAAUUUCGUUAUUGCAAGCUCUUAACCUUCCGGAACAACAAAAACACGAUCUUAUCAAAGAAAAUCCUGUUUACUCAGCAUUGUACUAUGAUUUUAAAAUUACUGAGCUAAUAAAACUAAUGAAACAAAGCUCAGGCCCAUUCCAACCGUAUAAAAUAACAGACUUUUACCGAAGGCGCGAAUUUCAAAUGAGGGGAUCUCCCCACGAUCAUAUGUUACUGUUCAUUGAAGAUGCACCUUGUCUAGAUUUAAAUGAUGAAGAUAGUAUAAAAGCUUUUGAAAAAUUUGCAGAUACAUUUAUCACAUGUCAGUAUGACGCUGAUAAUCCACUUUGUAAAUAUUUGCGUCACAAGCACACUGAUACAUGUUCAAAAGGACGAAGUAAUAAAAACACAUGUAGAUUUAAUUUUCCAAAAUUUGUUCUAUCAGAAACUAAAAUUUUAAAACCAUUGCCGAAGAACGAAAUUACUGCAGCGGUUAAGAGAAAUCUACAGAAAAUAAAAGAAACGAUGGAAGUUCUAUAUUCAAGUAAAGAAAGAUCAAAUCUUAGUUUUGAAGAAAUUUUAGAAAGCUUAGAUUUGACAAAAGAUGAUUACAUUAACGCUUUAAGAGCUUCUAUAAGUAAAGUUACAAUAUUUUACAAACGCAGGAGUUGUGAAGUUGAUAUCAAUUCUUAUAAUCCAAUAAUAUUGAAUUUAAUGGAAUCAAAUACAGAUUUGCAACUUAUUCUAGAUGAAUACGGCGUUGCAGCAUACAUUGUUGAUUACAUAGCUAAGUCUGAAUCAGGACUCUCGAAGCAAUUGAAAGAACUGCAAAAUGAAUUAGAUAAAAGAAAUACUACUUAUCUUGAAAAGUUAAGGACAAUUGCUAACAAAUUUAUCAAUUCGAAUCUAAUGAGUGUCAGCGAAGCUAUUUAUCACUGUUUAAGUAUUCCUUUGUCCCAUUUCAGUCGAACUCAUAUAUAUAUCAGCACCUGUAAAUCUGAAGAUAGAGUAGUUUUUCUUAAAUCAGAAAAACAAUUAAGAUCAAUGUGCAAAGAUAGUACUGAUAUCGCUGGUAAAGAUAUCAUAACAUAUUAUGCGGAACGGGUAGAUUUACAGAACAUUUGUUUAGCUGAGUACGCUGCAUUUUAUUUUAAAACUAAAGGAAAAAGACGUCCUGAUAAGAACAGGUCAGAGAUUUCUGACGAAGAAGAGGACAUUGAAGAAACAGAAGUAGAUAGAGAAAAUCCUAAUCAUAAGAGAAGAAAAAUAGCUCGGAUUCUAAGAUAUAAUCGAUACAAAAUCGAACAAGAUCCCGACAAUUAUUAUCGAGAGCAACUACUUCUAUUCUAUCCUUGGAGAAAUGAAAUCAAUGAAAUUGAAACAGUAAACUGGUUGGAAGUGUAUAAUAAUAACCUAGGUGUUAUUACUAGAAAUCGUUCUAAAUUUCAAAUACUGUCAGAUGAUGUAAUAGACAAAGCAAUAGAAGCCGCAAUUGAUAAUAGAGCAGAAUUAGAAAACGAAGAAAUUUCCGAAUUCGAACAAAAUCAGUUGUCUAAAGAUCAUGAAAUUGAUAUUCUUAUACAAGGAGGUAUUGAUAGACCGAAAACGUUUACUCCAUUUGUGUAUUCGGCUCCUCCGAAAGUAAACAAACGUGAUCUUCUUGAAAAUCUAAGGAAGCUGAAUAACAGACAAAGAGAAAUUGUAAUUCAUAUUUACAAAUGUUUUAAACUGAACAAGUUACCUUUUAAAGUUUUUAUCUCCGGCUCAGCAGGUGUUGGAAAAAGUUUAGUUAUAUCAACAAUAUAUCAAUUGAUUACAUAUUUUCUGGAGUACUGUGUUGAAACCUCAGUUUGGCAAUCAUCAGAUUCUGUCAAAGUGUUAUUAAGCGCGUUUUCUGGCAAAGCUGCCUUUUUAAUUGGAGGGAAUACUUUACACUCAGCCUUUGCCUUACCUUUGACUGAAACUAGAAACAUUCCAGAUUUACCUAUGGACGUCGCAAAUAAUUUACUCGUAUAG